ACGAAAACGGAUUCCCGGAUAAACUGAUACGAUUGAUCAAGGCGACGAUGGAUCGAGUGAUGUGCGUAGUUCGAGUAUCAGAGGCACUCUCGAGUCCCUUUGAAUCUCGCAGAGGAUUACGACAAGGUGAUGGUUCUUCGUGCUGGCUGUUUAACAUUGCUUUAGAGAGUGUAAUAAGGAGCGCGGGGAUAAACACGACUGCAACGAUUUUCACGAAGUCUGUUCAGAUGCACGGUUACGCCGAUGAUAAUGAUAAAUAUUAUAGUUCGCAAAUUUGAGACGAUGGUGGAAACGUACAUCCGACCAAAAAAUUAAGCCAGACGAAUCGGAUUAGUCAUUAAUUUGUCAAAGACAAAGAACAUGAUUGCAAAUGGCUGCGCCCGCCAACCCGUAUUUCUAUCGACGGUGAUGAAAUCGAAGCGGAUGAAGAAUUCGUGUACUUGAGCUCACCGGUGGCCGCCGACAACGACACCAGCAGAGAAAUUCAGAGACGCAUUGUGGCAGGAAAUCGAGCUUGCUUUGGACUCCGCAGAAUUCUACGAUCAAACAAAGUUCGACGUCACACGAAGUUAACCAUUAAUAUCUACAAAACGCUGAUUAGACCGACAGUCUACGUGCAGAGGAUCAACGAGCCCUUCGAAAGGAAGGUGUUGUGUACCAUCUACGACGGAGUGCAGAUGAAAGAAGGGACUUGGAAAAGGCGAAUGAACCACGAGCUGCAUCAGCUGCUAAUAGAACUAACUAUCGUCCGCAUCGCGAAAAUCGGGAGGCUACGGUGGGCGGAUCACGUCAUCAGGAUGUCGGAUAGCAACCCGAUCAAAAUGGUUCUCAAGAGCCAUCCGACCGGUACAAGAAGACGUGGUGCGCAGCGAGCUAGGUGGGUCGAUCAAGUGGUGGACCGUUCGCAGAGUGCGGAGUUGGAGGUGGAGACGCACAGCCAUGGACCGAGUAGAAUGUAGUCGACUCCUACGUACAGCAGAGGACACUCAGGUCUUAGUCUGACCGGUAAAGUAGGUAAGGUUAAACAUAACGAAAUUCAGGAAAACCAUUGUAAGGCCACGGUAAAGGCUGGGUAUGCUGCGCAAUUCAGAUCUCAUUGUGAUCCACUAGCCUCUGCCCAGCAACUCCUAUCCCUACCUCCACGCGGUACCGGCCGGAAACUAUGAGCAACCUUAGGGAAGAUCGGGUAAUCAACCCCGGUGGGAACUUUGGUCGUAGGCUGACAGGGAAGGGGGGGUUUGCUUCGGUAAACCUGAGCGUCUGUUCUCCAGGAGGAGCAGCUCACAAUAGCGUAUGAUCCCCAUGUUAGGGGCGGCUGAUCUGCGUCCGAUUGCCAGGGAAGGACUCUAAGCUCAACUGUGCACUAUGGUCCUCCGGAAAGUAGGGGGUUGGUGUCAGGCCCUACGAGCCAGCCGUAAAAAAACAUUGUAAUGGAAAAUCAGCAACAGAAUAAUACGAUCCGAGACAAACGGCAACGACCACAGCGAACAAAAAGGACUUGCGAUUGGAAACUUGGUACGUGGAAGUGCCGAUCUCUCAACUUCAUUGGGAGCACCCGCAUACUCGCCUAUCUACUGCGUAGCGUUGCAGGAGGUGUGUUGGACAGGAUCCAUGGUGCGAACGUUUAGAGGGUAAUCAUACCAAAAUCAUACCAUCUACCAGAGCUGCGGCAACACACGUGAGCUGGGAACAGCUUUCAUCGUGCUGGGUGAUAUGCAGAGGCGCGUGAUCGGUUGGUGGCCGAUCCACGAAAGAAUGUGCAGGUUGAGGAUCAAGGGCCGAUUCUUCAACUUCAGCAUAAUGAACGUGCACAGCCCACACUCCGGAAGUACUGAUGAUGACAAGGACGCAUUUUACGCGCAGCUCGAACAUCGACUCCGACCACUAUCUGGUGAUGGUCAUACUGCGCCCAAAACUCUCGGUCAUCAACAAUGUACGGUACCGGCGACCGCCACGGUACAACCUAGAGCGACUGAAGCAACCGGAUGUCGCCUCAGCAUACGCGCAGAAUCUCGAGGCCGUGUUGCCAGACGAGGGCGAGCUCGAUGAGGCCCCUCUAGAGGACUGCUGGAGUACAGUCAGUGAAAGCAGCCAUCAACGACGCAGCCGAGAGCACCAUCGGAUACGUGGAACGAAAUCGACGGAACGAAUGGUUCGACGAGGAGUGCUGAACGAUUUUGGAGGAGAAGAACGCAGCGAGGGCGAUAAUGCUGCAGCAAGGGACUCGACAGAACGUGGAACGUUACAAACAGAAGCGGAAACAGUAGACCCGCCUCUUUCGGGAAAAAAGUGCCGCCUGGAAGAAGCGGUGUGAGAAGAAAUGGAACUGCUGGGUCGUUCUCAAGAAACACGAAAUUCUAUCAGAAGCUCAAUGCAUCCCGCAACGGCUUCGUGCCGCGAGCCGAAAUAUGUAGAGAUAAAGACGGAGGCCUCUUGACGGACGGACGUGAGGUGAUCGAAAGGUGGAAGCAGCACUUCGAUUAGCACCUGAACGGCGUGGAGAACGUAGGCACGGGAGCCCACGGCAACGGAGGAAACGACGACACCAGUGCAGCGGAGGACGAAAAUGAACCAACUCCCACGCUGAGGGAAGUUAAAGAUGCCAUUCAUCAGCUCAAAACCAACAAAGCAGCUGGUAAGGAUGGUAUCGCAGCUGAACUCAUCAAGAUGGGCCCAGAAAAGUUGGCCACCUGACUGCAUCGGCUGAUAGUCAGGUUCAGGAAACCGAACAGCUACCGGAGGAGUGGAAGGAAGGGGUAAUCUGCCCCAUUCACAAGAAAAACGACCAUUUGGAAUGUGAGAACUUCAGGGCGAUCACUAUUUUGAAUGCUGCUUACAAAGUGCUAUCCCAGAUCAUCUUCCGUCGUCUGUCAAAACGAAUGAGUUCGUGGGAAGUUAUCAAGCCGGUUUCAUCGACGGCCGGUCGACAACGGACCAGAUCUUUACCGUACGGCAAAUCCUCCAGAAAUGCCAUGAAUACCAGGUCCCAACGCAUCACCUGUUCAUCGACUUCAAAGCGGCAUACGACAGUAUCGACCGCGCAGAGCUAUGGACGAAAACGGCUUUCCUGGGAAGCUGACUAGACUGAUUAAAGCAACGAUGAACGGUGUGCAAAACUGCGUAAGGGUUUCGGGUGAACUAUUCAGUUCAUUCGAAUCUCGCCGGGGACUGCGACAAAGUGAUGGACUCUCCUGCCUACUCUUCAACAUCGCUCUGGAAGGUGUGAUGCGACGAGCUGGGCUCAACAGCCGGGGAACGAUUUUCACAAAAUCUGGUCAAUUUGUGUGCUUUGCGGACGACAUGGACAUAAUUGCCAGAACAUUUGGAACGGUGGCAGAGCUAUACACCCGCCUGAAACGCGAAGCAGCAAAGGUCGGACUGGUGGUGAAUGCCUCAAAAACAAAGUACAUGCUGGUAGGCGGAACCGAAAACGACCGGAUCCGUCUGGGUAGUAAUGUUACGAUAGACGGGGAUACUUUCGAGAUGGUGGAGGAAUUCGUCUACCUCGGAUCCUUACUGACGGCUGACAACAACGUGAGCCGUGAAAUUCGGAGGCGCAUCAGCAGCGGAAGUCGGGCAUACUACGGGCUCCAGAAGAAACUGCGGUCGCAAAAGAUUCACCCACGCACCAAAUGCACCAUGUACAAAACGCUAAUAAAACCGGUGGUCCUCUACGGGCACGAGACAUGGACCAUGCUCGAGGAGGACCUGCAAGCACUCGGAGUUUUCGAGCGACGCGUGCUAAGGACGAUCUUCGGCGGGGUGCAGGAGAACGGUGUGUGGCGGAGAAGAAUGAACCACGAGCUCACUGCACUUUACGGCGAACCCAGCAUCCAGAAGGUGGCCAAAGCCGGAAGAAUACGGUGGGCAGGGCAUGUCGCAAGAAUGCCAGACAACAACCCUGCAAAGCUGGUGUUUGCAACUGAUCCGGUUGGCACAAGAAGGCGUGGAGCGCAGAGAGCACGAUGGGCGGACUAGAUGGAGCGUGACUUGGCGAGCAUCGGGCGCGACCGAGGAUGGAGAGCGGCAGCCACGAAUUCUGUAUUAUGGAGAAAUAUUGUUGAUUCAGUUUUAUUUUGAAUUUGAUGUAAUACUGAAUAAAUGAAUGAAUGAAUGAAAACACAGUUUGAGUCCGAUCUAUCAAGUAAGACUCUAUAAGGUUUACGGCAGAGCCAGCGAAGUUGAACUGCGUUUCUAACUUAGAGCAAAGUUUACGGUGUGGAAUAGUGUCAAAUGCUUUUGAAAAGUCGAGCAGGAGCAAUAUGGCAGAUCCUUUCUUAUAAAUCGUGCUUGCUAGAUCGUCGUAAAUACGGACUGCUGCAGUUUGGAUGCUUUGCCCUAACCGAAAACCUGCUUGACAUUCCGUCAACAGAUUGUUCUCCGCGGUGAAGGAUGACAUUUGCUGUUCCAGGAGUUUCUCGAAAGCCUUGGACAAUGCGCAAAGGAUACUAAUCGGCCUGAGGCUACACAAUGUGUUCAGGUGCGGUUUCUUCCGUAGUGGCAAAAUCUUGGCAUGCUUCCAGCUUGUAGGGUAAGAGGAUGUUUCGAUGAUACAGUUGAACAUAUGGGUAAUUUGCUGCACGACCAACGGUAGGAUUAUUUUGAUAAAUUUGAUCGGUAACCCAUCCAAACCAGUUGCAUUAGAUUUUAUGCUACAUACAACAUUUACAACUUCCCAGCAUUGUACUGGUCGGAAAUGGAAACUGUGAGGUAAGUCAGGAGUCAAUGACCUUCGCGGCCUGUUGUGGUUACUUGGGAUGUAGCUCGAUAAAAAUGUACGAUUAACAUCGUCGGGAUGAAAGCUGCAUGCGGUGGACGAUUUAUCCUUGCCCACUCCGAUACCUUUGAGACGCUUCCAGAGAACAUUAGGCGAUGCUCUACUAUCCAAGAAACGAUUUAAGUAGCUUGUUUUUGCAUUCGCAACCAUCGUAUUCGUUCUGUUUCUUAGGACGUUAUAACGACGUCGCGCUUGAUCCUUUGACGCUCUUGGUGCCCUAAUCCAAUCUUGGUAGGCUAAAUCGCGUUCCAACAUUAACUUCCGGAUUUCACUAGUGAACCACAAGUUUGAUGAUUUUUGGUUCUUGCUCGUACGUAUUGGGAUACAUUCAUCGUGGAUCUGCUUUACGUGGGUGUUGAAAAAGCUGACCAGCUCAUUUGGAUCACGAGUUGCAUAAAAUGCACUCCAAGGGACGGAAAGAAUGGCGUCCCGCAGCACUCGCGAGUUGAAGUUGAUGUAAUCACGAUCCAGUUGUGAACAGCCGUCUCUGUGGAAAAAUGUUGGUCCUUCACCAACCGAGGACAUAUUAAAACUCUCCAGCAUAGAUUCAAACUGCACACGUUUUCUACUUGGCUUGGAUAGAUCGGUGUUGAAAUCACCAAUAAGCAGAACGUUGUUCUAGCGUGUAGCAAAAUCGGUCAUUUUGUCGGCAAGAAAACGAGAACAAUCAUUCUCCGGAGGAUUGUAGACUGUCAUAACCAGGAUUUUAUCGCCACCUAACCGAAGCUCCAGUGCAAGGCACUCAGUUUUGUCCUCUGGAUCGGAUGACAGUUGUGUGCUAAAGAUCGUAGUGCAGGACAGGUGUUCCCUGUAGUAGAUCAUAAUGCCACCUCCACGACGAUAAAUUCUAUCGUUACGAACAACGCAAAAACCUGGGAUGGCGACACUACGAUUACUGUUUUUCGCUGAAAACCAAGAUUCAGUAAAGCAAGCUACCGAAACCUUGGAGUUGUGUAGGAGACCCUUCACUUCGUCUAACUUGGUCGACUUUCGCGCGCAUAAACUCUGGGCAUUUGCGUGGCAUAUGUUUAGCUUACCAAAAGGUAGGACGGCAUUCAUCACCGCGCCAGGAAUAUUCGUUGAGGUGUGGCUUUGUAACGGAGGCAUCACGUGAAAAAAGGGAAGCAGUUUUUAGGGGACUGUAA